UGAAUAUCAUUUUCAUAGAGAAAUAGGCUUCGAUUCUAGUGUUACGCCGGCUAGGAAGUAAGGUACGAAUUUCGGCAUCUCGAUGGCUUCUCACUGGAAUGUGCAUUGCAAUGGAUGUGGUUCUGGAAACUUAGUCCAUUAUCGUUACAAAUGCUUGCGCUGUGAGGAUUUCGAUUUGUGUGCCGACUGCCAUGAGAAUAAGGUGGAGACAGGUGACCAUAAGAGUACCCAUCCAUUCCAAUGUCUGUUGGAUCGGGCCGCACGCGAAUUGUUCUUUGCUGGGGAACCCAUACCGGAGCUAUGUGCGGAAAGCUUCACAUGUCCCAUAUGCGGUGAGAUGGGGCACACACGGAAGGACUUAAUUAAGCAUGCUCAGUCCAAGCAUCAAGGCGACUGCACGGCUGUCAUUUGUCCACUGUGUGUCACCUUGGCAUCCACCCAUCCCGAAUGGGUGAUCAAUAUCGUUGGCCAUUUGAAUUUGCAUCAUGGCGAAGGCAUAUUACGCAUGAGCAGUCUCAGUGGUGCCGCUGGUACUAAUGCUGGUACUAGUGGUGGCAGCGGAGCUGCUGGCGGCGGCGGUGGUACCUUUGGUACUUCACCAUUCAGUCUCAAUUCAACUGGACGUACAUCGGGCUUUAGCGGCACAGGCAGCGGCGGUGGUACAGUUGCCACAGAUGGCUUUCAAUAUAGAACCAUUUCGUCUCCCAGUAUUUUGCGUACCUCGGGUGCUCAUGGCAAUGCCAAUAAUUCGAGCAGCAGCGGUUUGUCAGGUACAGCUUCUGUCAAUGUUGCAGAUGCCCCUCAAAGCCAUCAUGUGCAGAUUGUUGAGGGUCCACAGCCGACAGAGGCUCCGGCGCAGAGAGUGCGUGUCCUAAUGAUUCCACCGCAUGCUGAGUCCGAGGAUCUGACCGAUAGUGAAGUGUAUGAAGACAGCGACUAGAAUAGAUAUUGAUGAUUCCACAUCCCCAUUUGUAUUUUAGUAAAUGGCCAAAUAAAAAUGAUUACAUCAAUGGAAAACCA